CGUAUUGUAUCAUCAAAAUAUUGAUUCUUUAUCUCAAACUACAUCGAUAAAGCGAUAGUGAGUGAGUCAGUGAAAAAAUGUCGAGCGAAAGUGUUACCCACAUCCAGAGACUUUCCUGGAUUUUCAACGUCCUGUUCCACCAGGCUUUAGCAGUGGUCACUGUGUAUAUUCUGUGCACGGCUUUCGUCAACGGAGACAUCGAUUCACUAUCGACAUGGCACAUGGUCCUAACACCGCUUGGCUUUUUGUUCCUGAUGAUGGAAAGCUUCAUUUUAUUCACAAACACCAACAUCCAUACUUUAAACUUGGAGCGAACCAAAAAACAAUACGUCCACACCAGUCUCCAGUUCCUCAGCACUGUCUGUAUCACGGUUGGAAUAUCCUUCAAGAUUAGCUCAAAAAACGGCGAUCAUUUCACCUCAACUCACGCAAUUUUGGGUCUAGUUGCCUGGAUCCUGGUCUGGUGUUCAGUCCUUCUGGGCCUGGCUUCGUCCCAAUCCCAGCUUUUGAAAAAAAUCGCCAAACCAGUGGUCCUCAAAUUUCUGCACAACUUGAUCGGGAUUUGUGCCUUUACGUUCGGAAUCAUUACAUUGUGUUACGGCCUUAAGGAGUACUUCAAGUGGGUUUCACGCGAAGAUACGAUCAAUGCAGCUGUCGUAACAAUCGCGCUGUUGUACCUUUGGGCCCUUUUUGACCCCUUCAGGUCGCUCUACUCCCAAAUACGCAACAUUUUUAGCAGAUAAUCUCCCGAAAGAUAACAAUCGUAAUAAUAGAUUGUGACUCAGGUUUAUUGUAUAACAACAAAACGAAAUAAAUUAUUGAAUUCUG